AUGUGCAGUUUUCUUCUUGUUUACCUAACCUAUUUUUGGUUGCAAAUUGCGAAUGAAAGAUGGAUUGUGUCAACUCGUUGAAUAUCCAUUCGAACGUUCACCGUCCUAUUUAUACGAUACUUCCAUGUUUCCAAAUGCGAAUCAUCUUCAGCAUAUAAAAAUUUAUCCAAAAUGUCGUUAAAAACCUCCGAAAAUACACCCGAAAUCCUCUUGCCUCCUAUUGCCCCGUUCGUAAGCCAAAACUCUACAACACAGAGCACUACGUCGGCACCAACAUCACCUACCGAAGACCCAUGUUUGAAGCCGGCCACCGAGGGUCAUAUAUCAGACCACGAGCUGGAAAUGCUAAAAGAUCAUAUUCGUGUUCUAAGAGGCCUACAAACACCAGCAACACCGACCAAAAAACCUUCCUCGGCGGUUUGCAAAAAACCACGAAUAAUACCACGUUCCAAUCAAACCUCGAGGAUACGAAUUGAAGCGAAGAAAUGCUGGUUGAUGCGAAGAUGCGGCGAUUUCAUCAAGCCCGACGGCGACAAAGCGUUAACGCCGGAAAAGCAACGGUGUCUUUUGAACAAAGCCAAGCAUCUUACAGCCGAAGAAAUCUUCGUGGAACAACAACGCGCCGAAGCCGAUUACCUCAAGUAUUUGGCUAGCAGGGCUCGAACUGAUAAAGGAUUCAGAUCAAAUCGUGCUAGUGAGUUUCGUUUCAAGCACAUGCGAGGCGAACCGAUACUAUCUUCUUAUUACGAAGAUGCUUACGAUUACCAUGAAAAGCCACCGUUCUUCGUUGCUCAUAGGUAUAAACCAUUGCCGGUCUGGAAACUACCGAGGAUUGAUAAAGAUAAAGAAACGUGGUUCGUACCACAAAACGAUGACGGUGAUUUACCUCUGUAUGUGAUACCUAAAGAAGAACAGAAAAAGAAAGGUAAACGAAAACCGCUGAAGAGAAAACACGGGCAUAAACGAGUCCCACGACCUACCAAGUCCAAACUUGUGACUGUUGUGACCAAGAAGUCAGAUAAGUUACCAUAUGUUACGAGAAAGAACCGAGGACCUUCGAAACCUUUAACUAUGUGAAAUUGAAAAGUAAUAAAAUUAUUGAUUUUUGA